AUGAUACUCAAAGUGGUGAUCACCGUUCUCACUCUAGUCCACUUAACCAGCAGCAUACCUUCCCCAAAUGGUAUUAAUUCAGACCUCACUAUCUUGAUAGACAAUGAUAUCCUUGGCCCGCAAAGUCCCUCUGCAGACUCUGGAAUCAUACUCCUCACCCCACGAUCUCAAGUAUCCGCAUCUGCAGCAUGUACAAAAUUGGAAGAGACGUUAUGGGCCCCAGAAUCGAAGACUUCGAAUAUUCAACUGAACCUGGACUACCUGACAUUCCGCGGAGAUUCUCGGGAACAAAAAUACUGGAUUGCGCCCUCUGAGACUGCGGCUCGGACGAUCGAUGGAGAGGGCCAAAUAGCUGAAGCAAUAGAUUCAGGUGGCUCGGAGGACUGCUUGUUUUUGAAUAUAUGGACCUCAUAUCUCCCGGCAAACGGUGGAUCUGCGGUUCGAAACCUCAGGCCAGUCAUGUUCUGGAUUUAUGGCGGGGGGUUUGCGAGUGGAGCUGGCAACGAUCCAACGUUUGACGGAGGGAAUAUUGCUUCGAGAGGUGACGUUGUUCUCGUAACUAUCAACUACCGUUUGGGAGCUUUUGGCUUCUUGGCCUUGAAUGAUGGGGUCACUAGGGGUAAUUACGGUAUCGCAGAUACCAUUAAUGCCCUGGACUGGGUUCGAGCAAAUAUUCAUGAUUUUGGCGGUGACCCUAAACGGAUCACUAUUUUCGGGCAAAGCGCUGGUGCUGCAAGUGUCAGGGCACUACUUGAAUCACCAAAAGCGAAUUGGAAGUUCCAAGCCGCAGUUCCAAUGAGUAAUCUCGGAGGUGGCGGAUACGGCACAACUUAUUCUGCAUGGCUCUCCAUCGAUAAUGAAACCGCAACGGGUGCAAAAUUACUUCUCGCGUCAACAAACUGCUCUACCGCCAAUUCACAGGUCGAUUGCCUUCGAGAUGUGCCAGCAACUGCACUAUCAAAGCUAGGGAGCGGAGUGAGAUAUCCGGUUGUAGAUGGCACAUAUCUCACUACACCAGGGCUUCGGCUUAAUCAGAAGGCUUCCCUCCCCCACACACACCUCCUUUAUGGACUUACACGUGAUGAUGGCGCUGCACUCACGACCUACGUGCGAACCACUAAUCUAAAUGUGGCGAUUGCAAUAGACGACUUUAAUGUUCCUGUGGUUACGAACACAAGUCUCUUCCCAAUACCCACAGGAACCAAUACCACGUUAAACAUCUUCAACGUCACGUCGCGUGUGGCUACCGAUACUAUUUUCCGCUGCUUCGAUCAAGCAGCAGCAUAUGCUGGAACAUUUAACGAUGUCUUUGCACCAAAUCAGUAUUUCUACGAGUUCAAUCGUUCCUAUCAACUGCCUAACUUUGAUCCUAAUGCACCCGUCUGUGACGCACCUGUCACACAGACCCAUCCGUACGGUGAUCCAGAGCAAGAAUACUUCAAAUGCCAUUCAGGGGAACUGUACUAUGUCUUUGGUAAUAUUUUGAGGAUGGGUUAUCACCUCAGAGACGAUAAUGAUCUGCGGUUCUCUCAGUUCAUACUCGAUUCAUGGACCAGCUUUGCGAGAACUUACAACCCGAACCCGGAUCGUGCAUUUCUGAAAGCAAGAGGAUUUAUUAAUACGACUAUGGAGCUUGACCAAGCAGGUGAAUGGAGCCCGAUUACCAAGUCUACCACCGGUGCUCUGGCGAUGAGGCAGCUGCAGUGGGGCAGUAAGCAAAUUGACUUUCGGGACGUUGAACAGUGCGCGGCUUUGGGCUGGCCGCUUGAUUAUUACGUGUGA